AUGCCGUCCAAAGGCAGUCAUUCCAACUCUCUGCCCGAAGCACGAGGCCUCAAGUACGACGAGUCGGAUAUGGCACUGUUCCACGCCAAAUUGUCCUACCAUUCCACCAUCGAGGAACGCAUGGCUUCGAAAGACGCCAACCUGGCAUCUAUAUCUGAGCAUCAGGCCCGGAUUCUCAAGCGCUGGGAGAUGCUCAAGCAGGUGGAGAAGGAGAUGGCGGACAAAGGGAAAUGCCUGUCGCCGGCGGAAAAGAAGCAGUUGGCACAAUAUGAAUGGCGAUACAAGCGACUUGAGGAACUGGCGACCAAGACAACAGGAGUUGCACUCUCAAGUCACAUCGGCGCGCGAGGGAGCCUCAACUCAAGCUAUUGGAAACUCCUCAACGCUUUCUGUGAAACUCGGCCAUCACAUCUGUGGCAUUUUUCCCGAACGUGCAGCAAAAGUCUUGGAAUUUUUGAGCGCUGUCGCCAUGCUCCGGGUUCUUCGAAAUGCCAGCAAAAUGGUGACUCAUGGCGUCUUCCCAUGUUAGCCACCAGACCAGUUAUGCAAUCCAUGAAGUGACGAUCCAGUUCCUGCGGAAUGCUGCGAUGAUCGGAGACCUCCGAAGGGUACAAUUCCGGGGCAGUGGGGCACGAACCAGUAUAACUCGAUUGGGGAUGAGCGGGAACGUUGGGAAUAGCGACAGAAGUGCAGGUGAUUGCGAUUUGGUAACGGGAAAUGGCGCCGUAAGGCGGCUUAGUGGAUGGAAUAGGACAGCAGAGACUCAAGUGAGGUGAUUUGGGUGUCUGAGGAGAAUGAGAC